CUGGGGCGGGCCGCGGCGGCCCCGCCCGAGGCCCGCUUGGAAAGCGUGCGGGCGCUGGCGGGUCUGUUCCGGGAGGAGCAGCCCAGAGAAAUGGCAAAAGAAAGUAUAUUUCGGGAUCUCCUGGAAAUCCUGAUGAGCGCCUCAAGUGAAAUUGAGCAGGCCGAUAAGGGCUGCUGUGAACUGGUAGAUCGAGACACCUGCCUGCUGCUCAUAGCAGAGUGUUUCAGAUGUCUGAGGAAUGCCUGUGUUGAGUGUGCCAAGAAUCAACAUGUCAUGAGGAACUUGGGUCUCAUCUCUACGUCUGUCCAUUUGAUCAAAUUGCUCCAUGGAAUACAAAUCAAAGAAGAAUUGUUAUUGACUGCUCUUCGUUGUAGUCUCCAGUUUCUUGGAAACAUUGCAGCAGGAAAUGGAGAUUCCCAGAAUAGCAUUUGGAAGUGUGCUUUCCCAGAUCUCUUCUUGACGUGCCUAACGUACAGUGAUGAGAAGAUUGUUGCCUAUUGUUGUAUGGUACUGUUCACUUGCCUUAAUUCAGAAAAAGUGAGAGAACUACUGUAUCCUGGGAACUUGACUGUGGCUCUUCAUGUCCUGAAAGUCUACAAAGAGCAGCUGGAGUCUGAGUGGUCGUUCUUGAUUGUUACAGACCAUUUGCUGAAAUGUCCAGAGUUGGUAAAAGCCCUCUAUGCCAAACUGAGCAAUCAAGAAAGAGUUACUUUGUUAGAGCUGAUAAUGGAGAAAGUAAGUGAGAAGAACCCAGUUACCGGUGAAGAAAUGAAUUUGUUCAUGAGACAUGCUGACUUCCUUGCAGGCUGUUUCAAAGAGAAAUGUGAAGCUGUGCUCAAGUUAACUUCUGCGGCAGAUGCAGAAGAUGAGGAAGCACUGGUUACAAUUCGUCUUCUUGACGUUCUUUGUGAAAUGACAUCAAACAAUGGACAGCUAGAACAUCUACAGGCUUUGCCUGGUUUGCUUGAAACAGCCAUAGAUACCCUGAGAUUAACUCAUCUUGCUGGGAAACAAGCUGUAAAUAUUUUCACCGCCACACAUACUAUGACAGGGCAGGAAGAAAUUUCACAUCCAGCUGUGGGUUUUAAAUCUCAUCUCAUUCGUUUGAUUGGAAAUUUAUGUUAUAAAAAUAAGGAAAACCAAGACAAGGUUUAUAAGUUAGAUGGCAUCCCCUUGAUCCUGGACAACUGCAGCAUUGAUGACAACAAUCCUUUUGUGAACCAGUGGGCAGUAUAUGCUAUCCGAAAUCUCACGGAACAGAAUGAGAGAAACCAAGAGCUUAUUGCACAGAUGGAGGAGAAGGGGCUGGCAGACAAUUCUGCCCUUGAGAGUAUGGGUUUAGAGAUAGAGAAACGAGAUGACAAGUUAAUUCUGAGAUCUGUCAGGAAAAAGCCCUCAUGAACAAAACAUUAAGAGUCAUCAAAUCAUUAAAAGAGGAUUUCUCUUUUAAAAUAUUUUUCCCUGCUC